CCACGCGGCUGCGCCGGCUACCUGUGGCUGUCAAGUCAGUCCGCCCACGUCUGCCUAGGCUGCGGGUUGGAAGGCUUGCCCCACCCAGGUAAGAGGAAAAGCAGCCGCGCAGCUUCUUUUGGUCUGACAUUCGGAGGCCCUCAUGAAAAGCCAAAGACAAGGUUUAUUAGAACACUGAUUGGGGCAGGGGCCCAGUUUAUCCCCUAUGGAACAGGAAAGGAUCUUGGCACUUCUAAGAGCAGAAGUGGAGCGAUUAUCCAGCGAGCUGCAGGAGACAACCCAGGAGAAAGUCCAGGCCGCAACAUACGGCCUGGCAGUGCUUGAGGAAAAUGCCGAUUUGAAACAGAAAUAUGGGGACUUGGAAACGGAGCUAGAGUCCCAUAGGCUGGAACUGCAUCAACUGAAAGAGGCAUUAGCAGAAUGUCAUAGCAACCAUAAGCGGGCCACAUUUGAUGGAGAGAACAGAGAAGAAUGCUUACUGCUAGAAACCGCUUCCAAGGAGGCAAAGCUGAUGGAGAGAAUUGAAGAGUUGCAGAACGACAUUAAACAAAUGAGAUUUCUUGUGACUAAUACAUCUGCGGAAAAUGAUCGCCUUUCUUCCAUAAUCCAGGAGCUGAGAAAGGAGUGCAAAUGUAUAGAAACUGAAAAGGCCCUACUGAAAGAUGAGAUCAAACAAUAUAAGAUGAAAGAAUUGCGUCAGCUGCAAGACACUGCAGAAUUGAAAGAAGAAAAUCUCUCCUUACAGAAGCAAAUUUCCUGUUUGAAGGAGACCCAGGCGGAGUAUGAAGGCUUAAGACGCGAAGUUCAGAGAAGAGAUGAAGAAAUUGAGCUUAGAAACACUCGUCUGGCUGAAGUAACUCGACAGAAGGAGAUCUCUGACCAUCAUCUAGAGGAGGCCUUGGAAACCCUCCAGAGUGAGCGAGAACAAAAAAAUGAGCUGCGCAGGGUGCUGUCUGGGUACAUCAACACCUACGAUUCCUUAGGGACUCUGCCGACAAAUUUCGAUGACCUGAAUCAGUGUAAUGAUGAUGGCCUGGGCAUUGGCUACAACAAUCAAGUCUUCAGGAACCGCAGAGAAAACAUGAUGUCCAUGCCUCAAAAUAGCAACAGCUCCAGGCCCCAGCCUGGCUUAGUGUGUGAUCUUUUGAGUGAGCUCAGUUUAUCAGAGAUUCAGAAACUGAACCAGCAGCUUCUGCAGGUUGAUCAUGAAAAGUCAUCGCUAUUAAGUAGUAUAAAAGAGUUGCAGACACAGCUUGAUAGUACAAAGGAUGCGCUGUCCAAACAGCAAGCUCAAAAUAGCUACCUUCUUGAGCAAAUCCAGGCUUUAAACAAACGGUACGGCAGUAAUGAGCUGGGUUUGCUCUUUGGAAAAGAUGGAGAGAAGAGCGACGGCAGUGAACUCCAUAGUCUGGAACACAAAUGUGCAGGGUCAAAUUGCUCCCAAGUAGCCAAGCUGAAGACAGAACUUCAGGAGCUGCAUCAGAAAUAUGAGGAUUUUGAAGCCAAGUACAAGCAGGACAAUGAUGCCUGGCAAGAAGAGUCUCAAAACCUGACGGAGAAGAUAAGAUUCUGGGCCAAAUCAGGUAAGCAGAAGCAAGAGAUCAUUACUAAUCUAGAGAAUGAGCUUCAGGCUUCAAGGAAACGGGCAUCAGAAUUUCAGAGCAAACUGAGCCUAGCCCAGGAGGAGCUGCAGGUGAUUAAUGAAGAUCUGGCCAACAUGUACCGCCGAGUCUGUGUCUGCAACAACCUGUUACCUGAUCGUAGCCUAUUAGAUGGCUAUAAAGAUGGCCAAGAGGCCCCUGUCCAUACCUGCAAAAGGCAUGCCAAUGAUGUCGUGGCCAAUGAUGGCGUGGCCAAUGAUGACGUGGCCAGUGAUGACAUGGCCAAUGCUCGUAUGUGCCGAAGCCAGUCUAAUGAUCUCUUUGUGAAAGUCUUGUUUAGCCCUGACACAAGCAGUGUGAAAAGUGGCAGCAGCAACCAGUCUGUUAGUGAUUCUCCUUGUGAGUCUGAUGAAGAAGAGUAUGAAAAGGAACCUGAGAGUCUUUCCAACCAGAUUUCCAUCAUUGGAAGCCAGGUGAAGCAACUCCAGUCAGCCCUGGCAAUCUCAUUGCGCAACAAGUCCCUUGAAGCCAUGUCAACAGAGUUGAAGGAUAAAAACGCUCUUGUUGAUGAAAUAAUGAAAUUGAAGUCUUUGUUGAACACCCAAAGAGAACAAAUAGCAACUCUGAGGACUGUCUUGAAGGCCAACAAGCAGGCUGCUGAAGGUGCGCUUUCCAAUAUGAAACGCAAAUAUGAAGAUGAGAAGCUUGUGGUGUCAGAAACCAUGAAUAAAUUAAGGCACGAACUGAAAGUUCUGAAGGAAGAUGCUGCUACUUUUUCCUCCCUUCGGGCGGUGUUUGCCAGCAGGUGUGAUGAGUAUGUUUUGCAGCUUGGUGAAAUACAGCAGCAGCUUGCUGCCGCAGAAGAUGAAAAGAAGACCUUGAAGUCUUUGCUGAGCCUAGCGAUUCAGCAGAAACGGGCACUGACUCAGCGCUUGGAGUCAUUGGAAACACAGUCCACUCUGCCGCUGAACAGCCGGGCAAAGCUUAUUUCUGACCCUAAAGGGAGACCAUUCAAAAGUAACUGGCGAUAAAUGAAUUAGCAUAAAGAAGGAAGGAUGCCCCCCCGUUUUCCAGCAGAGGGGAAGUAACAGUGUUUACAAGCAAACGGAUCUGCACAAGACUGGCAUUACCAUUGAGAUCAUCCAGCUUAUCAGCUUUAAAUGGUUGUCCAAGAGUGUUUAGUGUCUUUUGGCAAGAUAUUCAAUGUGUUAUUUCAGUUAUAGUGAAAAUAUCUAUAAUUAUUUUGAAAAUGCAGGCCAUUUAGAAAUGAUGCUUGAGAUUAUAUUGUGUUUAAGAGCUACGUUCUGCUGAGAUAUCAGUGGGCCUGCAGUUCCAGUUGCCAGUAGUAUUGUCCUGUGACUCCUUUGUGAAGAGUACCAUAUUCCCUGUUCCCAUAUUCAUGUGUGAGCCUGUCUCCUCAGAAAAUGUUAAAAAAUACCAAACCUUGAUGUCGCUCCUCUACUAUGACUAAUUGCUGUUGGCUUUCGAGUCCAUUUCAAGCAAGACAUAAAACCUUGCAUGUCUUUCUGUUUACAAGUUAGUUUCUGUAUAAUUGGACAUACACUUGGUGCUAUUUGUACGGUGUUAGAAAUUGUCUGCAAAAGUAGUUUCUAUCAGUGUACGAGUGUACUACGUACUGUUUUAAACUUUAAAAAAUGUAUUUGUGCAAAUCCUAAAUGGAAUGGAUUGUUCUAGGGGUAUUCAGGCAAAGAGCUUUGUCAUCUAAGGCCCCUGAAUAAGUGACAGGUAUUUGGGAUGCUUGGAAAUGCUGGAACUUGCUUUGAUUCUUGGGUACAGGGGACGUUUUUGGAAAGGGAAGGUUCCAAAUGCAUGACUCCUUCUAGGUGAAAGCCAUUUGAAGCCCAAAGAGGGUGGAUUCUUAAAUUCAAGGAUUAAUCAAGUUACCCUGGUAAGGGGCUGCUUUGUGUAGAGUCAGAAUUGUAUAGUUUUUGUGGAAAGGUCUCUGGGUUUUUUUCCUCCUCCAAUCCAGUCAGUCCCUUUAAGGUUGGGAAUUAGCCAUCCACAGUUCUUAAUGGGAUUCUUUGGAUUCUGCCUGUAUCUUCUCUUGGGGGAAAAAAAGUUAAACGAUGGGAUAUUGCAUUCUUGCAGAGGAUGUUAUUUUGGUAACCCACUUUUUAAGCAUCUUUAAUAAGAGGGAACACUUUACUCUUCCUUUUCCUUUUUAAAGCGCAUGCUGGGUACAGACUGAACACCUCAAGAGAGUUGGUGACUUGAAGGGUGGGUGGUGCUGUCAACCACACACCCCUAAACGCUUAGUAUUAGUUUGUGAGCCUUUGAGUAUUUUCAGUACCAGAAUGUGUUCUUGCCAGACUGCCAGCUGGCUGCAAGGGGUACAGAAAGCUCUCUUUAACUAGAUCAGCCUGGCAAGAGAUGAGAGAAUAGUUUAAAUGGAAUGAAAGUAUAUAUACAUAUAUUUUUAAUGGAAAUAUUUAGAGAUCUAUUGUACUCUGUGUAUGAAAUAACACUCUAAAUCUCCCCCCUCAAUAUAAUGCAUGUUGAAGAGUCUUUUGUGUAAAGAAUGAAACAUAAAUAAAUUGUGUUAGUUGUCUGCA